AACCCGGACCGGCCCAUUCGGUUUCAAAUUGGGGAAUAUCUUUCUGUGCAAGACAAGUGAUAUAUAUGCGUACCCUAUCUUUCUCAAAUCAAAUCUGAUUCAAAACCUAGUUCUCAUAUUACUCAAGCUCAAAACCCAGGCAUGGAAAGGCUUCAUAGGAUGUUCGCAGGUGCUGGAGGUGCAUUGGGUCACCCGCCAGCAGAUGCACCAACUCUAGAUUCAUCUGAGCAAGUGUACAUUUCUUCCCUGGCCUUACUCAAGAUGCUUAAACACGGGAGAGCAGGAGUUCCGAUGGAAGUCAUGGGUUUGAUGCUGGGUGAAUUUGUCGAUGAGUAUACAGUUCGUGUUGUUGAUGUGUUUGCAAUGCCACAAAGUGGUACUGGAGUUAGUGUGGAAGCUGUUGAUCAUGUUUUUCAAACCAACAUGUUGGAUAUGUUGAAGCAAACGGGAAGACCUGAGAUGGUGGUUGGAUGGUACCACUCACAUCCUGGAUUUGGUUGCUGGCUCUCUGGUGUGGACAUCAAUACUCAGCAGAGCUUCGAAGCCUUGAACCAAAGAGCUGUGGCUGUUGUGGUUGAUCCUAUCCAGAGUGUAAAAGGAAAGGUUGUCAUUGAUGCUUUUCGAUUGAUUAACCCCCAAACUAUGAUGCUUGGCCAAGAGCCACGACAGACAACAUCAAACCUUGGACAUCUUAACAAACCGUCUAUUCAAGCAUUGAUCCAUGGAUUGAAUAGGCAUUAUUACUCGAUAGCAAUCAAUUACAGGAAAAAUGAACUAGAGGAGAAGAUGCUAUUAAACCUUCACAAGAAGAAGUGGACUGAUGGAUUGACACUGCAGCGGUUUGAUACUCAUUCAAAAACCAAUGAGCAGACAGUUCAGGAGAUGCUAAAUUUAGCAAUUAAAUAUAACAAGGCUGUUCAAGAAGAGGAUGAGUUGUCUCCGGAGAAGCUUGCUAUUGCUAAUGUAGGGAGGCAAGAUGCAAAGAAGCAUCUUGAGGAGCAUGUCUCCAACUUGAUGUCUUCAAACAUAAUCCAAACCCUGGGUACCAUGCUCGACACUGUUGUGUUCUAGAGUGUAGUGCUCUGUGUUACUCAUGGGUGGUGUUCAGGGGCAAAAAAACGGGAUUCAUUAUUCUAUGAUUCUAUUAUGUUGCCUCUAUAUAUCACAUUAGAAGCACCAGGUUGUACUUUCUUGCUGAUUCGAAUUCUCUCUUUUCAGAAAAGAAAAAAAUGUCACUAUUUAUGGUUGUAUUGUAAGAAUGUGUCCAAUGAUGUAAGAGUUCUGAACCAGAUUUGCAGGAGUUAGUAAUGAGUUUAACUGUUUUACUGCA